AUGCGACAAAAGAGAGCGAAAAACUACAAGAAGCAGAUGCAGAGCUACCAUCUGAACUUCAAGUUCCGAGAGCCCUACCAGGUUCUGGUGGACCACGACCUCAUCAUUGAAUGUGUCGAGCACAAGUACGAUUUGCUGAAGGGUCUCCAAAGAACGCUUCAGACCAAGGAGGUCAAGCCCAUGAUAACGCAACACAGUCUGAACAAGCUGUUUGAGAGCAACAACGAGGAGGCCAUUCAGCUAGGCAAGACCUUUGAGCGUCGACGAACCCUGCAUUUCGAAAAUAGCACUGAGACCCAGGAGAAAAAGCUGAAGUACAAUGGUUCCAACGCUGCCCGGAAGAUGCAUCCCAGCGAGGCCAUUUACAAAUCGGUUGUUGUCGACGGCUCCAAUGUCCACAGAUACGUUGUUGCUACACAAGAUCCUAGUUUGCGAGGUCGACUUCGGUCCAUUCCUGGAGUCCCUCUCAUUCAUAUGAACCGAGCCAUCAUGCUGCUGGAGCCCUUUUCCCCUGCUUCUGAGCGUGCUCGUCAGCUGAUUGAGGCGUCCAAGCUCACAUCCGGUCUCAAUGCCGUAAAGCGAAAGGCACCUGAGGGAGAUGAAGAGCAGGCCAAGAAGCGAAAGGGUCCAAAGGCGCCUAACCCUCUGUCAGUCAAGAAGAAGAAGGUAUCUAAGGAGGAUCAGGGUAAGCGAGAGCGACCUGAGGAGAAGGAAGAUGAUUCCCAGUCAGUCAAAAAGGUGCGACGAAAGCGUGCCAAGAGAAAAGAUGGUGAGGGGGGAGAAUCCAAUGAGGGUGGAGAGACUGAUGAAGUUCCUCAACUUGUGAAGGAUUCCCCCAGAACUGGAGAGGAUAAUGAGACUAAAGAGGAGACUCCCAAGAAGGAAACGAAUUCGGAAGGCAAGGACGAUGUUCCUAUGAGCGACGAAUAA